CCUAUUCUUAACACAAAUAAUAUGUUUUCAAUACAAGUACUUUUGAAUUAUUUGUUGGAAAAUGUUGUAUAUUUUACACUAUUCGCAGUGUUUAUCAGUUUAGUAAGACAUCUAGUAAUGAGUUAUGUAUCGAGAAUGAAGUUACCCGCCGGUCCCCGAGGUUUGCCUUUUGUGGGAUACCUACCAUUUCUCGGCAAAAAGCCCCACAAAGACAUCGCCAAAUUGAGUGACAAAUACGGAUCUGUAUUCACAUUGCAAUUAGGAGUACAUAAUGUGGUCAUACUUAACGACUGGGAAUCAGUGAAGGAAGCCUUCAAUAACGACGACUUUUUAGGCAAACCCACGAGUAGUGUGUUUACAGUCGGCAACCCCACUACUAGUUUUGUUGAUGACAGUGGACAGGUAUGGCGAGACCACCGGCGCUUCGCCCUACAGGUGCUCCGAGACUUAGGCUUCGGGAAGGGCUCUAUGGAGGACAGGAUGACCGAUGAGAUCAGUUAUCUCACGAAACUUAUUGAUGAGACUAAUGGUGAGCCUAUGAAUAUCCACAAAGUACUGGUGCCGAGUAUGUCCAACAAUAUCAGUAAUUUGGUGUUUGGGCGUCGAUUGGAGUUUGAGGACCCAAGCCGCCAGGCUAUGGACAAGAUGUUGGACCAGGUGGCCAAGAGUCUUAACAUUAUUGGUUUGCUGGGAACUACACCCGAGUGGUUGGGCAAACUUAUUUUUAUAGUCGGCGCCAUAGGCAGCAAAAAGAAGUUUGAUGUCGUGUCCGGAAUUUUUGAUAAGGAGAUAUCGUCGCACCAGAAGUCGUUUAAUGUGAACAAUAGAGUCAAUGAUUAUAUCGACGGAUACUUAGCGGAGAUGGAAGUGAGACAACGAAAGGAUCCCAACACUCACUUCACCCUGGCGAAGUUAGGAGAGAAUAGUCGAGCGUUUUUUGGUGCCGGCAGUGAAACUGUGAGGACUUCUGCCGAAUGGCUCCUAUUAUUGGUCGUUAAGUACAGCGAACACCAGAAGAGGAUUCACUCAGAGAUCGAUUCUGUGGUCGGAAGAGAUCGGAGUCCCUGUUAUGCCGACAGACUUCAUAUGCCGUUCACUCAGGCGUUCAUUAACGAAAUGUUUCGUUGGAAAACUAUUUUACCACUAAAUCUGAUGAGAAGAACUCUAAAGGAUACGACAGUUUUGGGUCAUUUCAUACCUAAAGACACCAGAGUUAUGGCCAAUAUAUGGGCCGUUCAUAACGAUCCCAAAGUAUGGGAUAAACCGGAACAGUUUAAUCCGAAUCGAUUCCUCACUAGUGAUGGCAAAGAAUUGCUUAAAACCGAGGCUUUAAUACCAUUUUCCUACGGUAAGCGUUCGUGUGUUGGGGAGACAUUAGCACGAGUGCAGGUAUUCUUGUAUUUCGUAUUACUUUUACAAAAAUACACAAUAAGUGCAGCAAAUGAUGAGGUGUUGACUUUGGACGACAAUUUUGGUUUAACACUACAACCUAAGGAUCCAAUGGUACUUAGGUUUCGGAAACGAGUCUAAAAUAUUGCUAAUAAAUAUUAGGAUCGUAUU